AUGUUGGCAACGUCAUGUAACCGGGGGUGCGACUUCCGGCCGUGUGGCGUCACGUGGACAUUGAAUGACGCUCCGGAGACUGAGAGCCAAUCCGCUCACGAGUUUUCCGUCUCCAUUGCAGCGCCCCGGAACGGACCAACAGGAGAGCAGGACGACGAGGACAAGGAUGGCUCGGGUUUUCUACACGAGUUCUCCGUGCUAGUUGGUCCUCUCAUGCGUUCUCGUCUCUGGUUGGCUGCUGUUUGA